AGAAACGCAGCUCCCGCUUAUUUUUUGCGGAGGGGAAAACAAAGCAGAGAGAUAUUCCUAGCUCGUCUGGGGAAACCCCUCCAGGCGAAGCAGCGCCCCCCCCGUCCCCAAGCGGAUUUGGCUAGACAGCUAUUCGGCUACGGGAUGCAUCAAGAGCAUGGAGCCCCGGGGAAAAAAAAGGCCAGGGGAACCGAAUCAAGCCGUUAGUUUCCUGUUGGCAGCGUCUGCUCUUCCUGGUGUUAGGAGUAGUUCAGAGAAGGUUGUGCUGUUGCACGGGAAGGGGGGGGGGGUGGUGGUAGAUUAUAUUUAAAUGAAAGACGUUCUGAGCAAAGUUUCUCGGCCAAGCGUAUGUCCUGCCCCCUCCCCGGAGCACCAGCCUGCAGAAUGGGACAGGUGGGCGUCCGAGGAAUGGCCGUGGCCGGGAGGCUGAGGUGGAGGAUCCGCGUGAUGUUGCUGACAGCUCUAGCGGUCUCUCUGGCGAUCUCCAGCCUGGCCGUGUCAGCUGUGUCCUGGCUCAAGUGUCGCAGCCUGAGUCGGUCUCUGGAAGCCUGGGAGAGCAGUCUUCAGCUACAAGUGGAUGGGUCUCUGUCACUCAGGAACGAUCUCCCACGGGAAAUGUGGAGUCCUGCGGUGAAGUUGAGCUUCCUGCAGGGGCUGCUGGAGAGCAAGGGCUUGACUCGCAAAAGGAGGGAUCAACGGAAAGCAGAUGCUGGGAACAGAAUCAGGCACCCUCUGGCAGCUCAUUUUGAAGUGAUGCCCAACAGUGUGGAUGGGACAUACAUAGUUGAGAAAGGUAGGUGGCUAUUUCUGAUGGUGUUGUCUGAUUAAUCUCUGCCUUUUAAAUAUCUUCUCUCCAAACCUGUUGUGAGAUCUUGCGCCACAGCUGCGGAGCUGUUUGGAUAGAAUAUGGGCCUCCUGUAUCAGAGACAGGGACACUAGCACUGUAUCAGAAGGCUGUUCUAAAUUCCCGUCCAUUUAACACUGCGGAGGGAAUUUGAAUCAUUGCCCAUGGCAGUCGUUCAUGAGCCAGAAUUAUUGUUGGUGAUUCUCUCCCUGUUGGUGGAGGACUCAAGAGACACAGCAUCGACCAAAUCCAGAUCGUCUCCACAGGGUCUUUGAGGCUGGCGCUGGGAGAAUUUAAAACCGAGGGACGUAGCAGAUGGGAUAUUCCCCACCGCCUGGUGCCCUGGGCCCCUAGAUUUUACUAACCCGCAACACCAUCCGAAAACAUUUCUGCUGAUUGUGGUCAGGUUGUGGAUAGUGCUGUGCUCAGGAUGGAGGCCGUGCUCCGUUCGUUGCGAGAGUGGCUGCAAUUCAGAAAAGUAAACCCUUUGCCUUCCUUUGGGGUGACAUGGAAGGCCACGUAAAGCUACAACUGCAGUGUAGCAGUUCCCGUGCACACUGAGGACCGCAGGAGCGGCAGUGAGUCAGGUGAGUUUCUGGUCAAUAGUAACCCCUAGGAUGUUGAUAGUGGGGGAUUCAGUGAUGGUAACACUGUUGAAUGUCGAGGGGACAGUGGUUAGAUUGUCUCUUAUGGGUGAUGGGCACAGCCUGGCAUUUGUGUGGCACAAAUUUCACUUGUCACCCCAAACCUGGGUAUUGUCCAUAUCUUGCUGCAUUUGGACACGGACAGCUUCUGUAUCUGAGGAGUCACAUAUGAUGCUGAACAUUGUGCGAUCAUCGGUGAGCAUUUCCACUUCUGACGUUAUGAUGGAGGGAAGUCAUUGAUGAAGCAGCUGAAGAU